UGUGUGUGUGUGUGUGUGAAGUCACUACCUCUCAGAGCCGGGGCUGUAGCCGAAGCAGCGCUGUGGACUCUGCCACAGUUGAGGAUCACAGGAUUUCUGGAGCCGCGGAGAGUCUCUCCUCUGCACGGUCCGCUCAGGUUGACAACUGCAGCAGCCUGCCCCCGACAUUAUCCCGCAUGGAGACACCUCCAACCUCGACACCAUGCACCUCUGAAAGCUUCAACACGCCGUCUUUUGUCUAGCCUGCGGGGAGAGAAAAAAAAAAAAAGUCUGCAGGAUCACUUUUCCUUCUGGUGGACCAAGCGGUGAAGGAUUUAAAACAAAACAAAAUCAUUUCUUCUUUUUUUCGGUCAGGCUGUUCCCUUUCUCCCUCCGCCUCCCACGGUCCACUGCUCGAUUUUUGGGACUUUUUGUUUCCUCGGGAAGAAAGCGCCACUGUUCCCCUGAGUCUACCUGCUCGCCCAGCACCCAUGAAUUCGGAUAAAAAUGUGUACCUCGGCAGAGACAAAGGCAUCAUGCGGAAGAGAGCGUUGCUCCUUCGGAAAGGCUGCAGCUUCGAAAUUACCAGCUCUGCCUCGGAGGACUUGGGCUGCAGGCGUGGAGACUUCAGCAGGAAACACUAUGGCUCGGUCGAGCUGCUAAUUUCCAGUGACGCAGAUGGGGCCAUCCAGAGGGCAGGGCGCUUUAGGGUGGAGAAUGGCUCUACAGAUGAGACUUUGGACUACACUCCGGGAACCUGGAGGAGAACCGACGUCCACCUGGAGAAUCCAGAGUACCACACCAGAUGGUUCUUUAAAUACUUCCUGGGAAAAGUUCACCAGAACUACGUGGGUACAGAUGCAGAGAAGAACCCCUUCUACCUGUCAGUCGUCCUCUCAGACCAGAACAACCAGCGGGUUCCUCAGUACAGAGCCAUCCUAUGGAGAAAAACAGGCACUCUGAAGAUCAGCCUCCCCUACAGCCCGACAAAAACACUAUCAGUCAAGUCAAUCCUAAGUGCAAUGAACAUGGACAGGUUUGAGAAAGGCCCCAGGGAGAUCCUCACCCCGGAGAUUCAGAAGGAUCUGCUGGUGUUGGAGGAACAGGAGGGAUCUGUCAACUUUAAAUUCGGUGUCCUGUUUGCCAAAGAUGGACAGCUCACAGAUGAUGAGAUGUUUAGCAAUGAGACGGGGAGUGAGGGCUUCGAUAAGUUUCUCAAUCUUCUGGGUGAUUCCAUAACGCUGCAGGGAUGGGCAGGUUACCGCGGAGGGCUAGACACCAAGAAUGACACUACAGGGAUUAAGUCCAUCUACACAGUGUAUCAGGGCCAUGAGCUCAUGUUCCAUGUGUCCACCAUGUUACCCUACUCUAAAGAGAACAAACAGCAGGUGGAGAGAAAGAGACACAUUGGAAACGACAUUGUUACCAUUGUAUUCCAGGAAGGGGAUGACGCAUCGUCGUCCUUCAAACCGUCUAUGAUCCGAUCGCACUUCACCCAUAUUUUUGCUUUAGUUAGGUAUAAUAGCCAGAAUGACAGUUACAGGUUGAAGAUAUUCUCAGAGGAGAGCGUUCCACUGUUUGGACCCCCUCUCCCGUCUCCGCCUGUGUUUACUGAUCACCAAGAAUUCAGGGACUUUUUAUUAGUCAAAUUAAUCAAUGGAGAGAAAGCCACACUGGAGACACCAACGUUUGCCCAGAAGCGUCAGCGGACCCUCGACAUGUUGAUCCGCUCGCUCUACCAAGACCUCAUGCCAGACCUGCACAAGGUCCCUUUUUCUCCCCAGAACAUGUUAAACCGGCGAUCCUUCAGCGACGUGCUGCCCGAGUCUCCGAAGUCGGCACGCAAGAAGGAGGAGGCGCGUCAGGCUGAGUUUGUCAGAAUAGGGCAGGCUCUGAAGCUAAAGACCAUUGUGAGAGGAGACGCCCCGACCAGCCUUGUUACCACGGGCCUGUGCAGGAAAGAGCCAUGGGAGUCCCAGUCGUUCUGCAGCACUUUCCCCUACGAGAUCGUGUGUGCAGACUCCUGGGGUCAGUCUCUGAUGGUUGCCACGGACACAGCGGGGGUCAUGCUGUUGGAUGGGCCGGAUCCUGCUCUGCCUAACGCUGAGACGCAGGCUCUCCCUCCGGUGCAAGCGUUUGACAAAACCAUGGUGGUGAAGCAGAUGCACGUUCUCGAGCCUCAGGACCUGCUUAUCACCAGGGCGGACAAAGGGAAGGACGCCCGGCUCUAUGUGUUCAGACUGAGCGCGCUCAAGAGAGGCCUGGAGGAGAAGCAGCUCGUCAGGAGCAAGUGUGACAGCCGCGAGAACAAACUGGAGAAAACUAAAGGCUGUCAUUUGUACUCUAUCAACACCCACCACGGCUCCGUGCUGAGGAUAGUAGCAGCUAUCAGGAACAAACUCCUCCUCAUCACCAGGAAACAUCCACGUUUUGAAGGCUUCAGCGCCAUCGCAGCGGGAGCAGACUCACCGGUGGAGGAGUUUCAGUACAUACGGGAGAUCUGUCUGUGUGACCCGCCGGUGGUGAUGGCGUUGGUGGACGGGCCGACGGGGGAAAACGACAACAUGAUCUGUGUGGCCUACAAACAUCAGUUUGACCUGAUCAAUGAGAGCACAGGAGAUGCCUACAGGCUACAUCAUGUAGACGCCAACAGGGUAAAUUAUGUAGCAGCCAUUGAUGUGUACGAAGACGGGGAGGCGGGCCUGCUCUUGUGUUAUAACUAUGUUUGUUACUAUAAGAAAGUUUGUCCGUUUAACGGCUCCACACCGAUGAUCCAGUCCAACACCUCCGACUUCCACUUCAGCUGGAACCAGAUGCCUAAUGCUAUCGUUUGUGCAUUCCCUUACAUAUUGGCCUUCACAACCGACUCCAUUGAGAUCCGGCUGGUGGUCAACGGCAACCUCGUGUACACAGCUGUAGUCCCAGAGCUACAGUUAGCAGCUUCACGGUCGGAUAUCUAUUUUCUCUCGUCUGCUCCGGUGAGCUCAGCAUCCAACUGCAGUUCGAGAGACACCAGUUCCCAUAGUUCCCCACAGACGCCCACCGGCUACGAGAUGCCUGUAUUCCCAUCGCCGCUUGGUGACGAUUCAAUACGGAUCCCCUAUGGUACCAAGCUUUCCCUGUACAUGUCUAAGGACGCCGAAGGUGAAGCAUCAUGUAAACACAUGUUCAAGAUCCCUCUCUGCAACUUGGUGGGCCGCAGCAUCGAAAGACCCCUCAAGUCCCCUCUGGUGAACAAGGUGCUGACUACACCGGCCCCAACCAUGGUUCCUCCAACUCCCCUCAUCUCUGCCUCACACUCGUUGUCACUGUCCCGCAUGGAGAUCAAGGAGAUAGCCAGCCGCACACGGAAGGAGUUGCUCGGCUUGACAGAGGAGCCAAGUGGGAAGCCGGACAGUGGAAGCGUCAAACAGAGGAAGAUGAGCAAGAAGAACACCGAGGAAGAGCCCAAAGCACGAGCACUGACCUCGACAAACAGUGACAGGUUAGCCUCAGAGUCAGUAGAGUCCGACCUGGACGUCCAGCUGCAUUGUUCAUCCAGUUCGGAGGCGGAGCCAGAGAAGGUGGUGCUGCUAGCGGAGAGCCCGACUCUGGCUAACGCCUUCGCCCCCUCCACAUCCUUCGAAGAAGAUGUCCUGGACCUAAAGUGAAGACAAUCCCAUUGUACACUUCUCUGCCCUCACGCUCCUGUACUGUCACCAUUAUUUAAUAGUUUGGGUUGGUUUGCUUUUGAUUUGUUGUUUGUUGAUUUCCUUCAAACAUUAUGUUUGUUUGUAUCCCUGAAUCUUGAGGUCUCCCCAUUCAUCAGACAAGAUGGGUGCAUUGGGAGUUAGAAGACGUGUCUGAGUGCUUGUUUGUUCUCACGAGCAUUCCCUCUGCCACUGUGUGAUGUUUGUGUUGCCCCGCAGCAAAUUACCCAAAGAGGCUAUGAAGUUGCUGUGCGAGAUGACAUGGUUUAUUCAGAGUUCUGCAACAGCCUUGAGGUAAUGCUAACCAUUUGAUCCCGAACCACAAACUGAAUGUAAAUCUGCGCACCGAGGCAAGACAAAAACUUGUUCCCAAUGCCGUCUGAAGUUGCUUAUUAUGUGUUGUAUAUUAUGUGAUUAUUUCCAAUCCACUAUCAAAUACUGUAUGAUAUGCAUAUGUAUGUGUACAUCUGUUAUACAUGGAAAUGUUCACAGUGACAGGUUGUGUAUGCCUGUGAUGCAUAUUUAUAGAUAUAUUAUAAAAAAAAAACAAUUUUAUUCCCAUAUUAAGUAAAAAAAAAAAAAUGUUUUAUUCUAUCUGCACAUUUAAGUCCUUUUUCCUCUCCUUUUCACAGUUUACAGGUAGACAGGGCUGGAGGCAAAGUCUCCCACAAGUGCCAUUUCCCAGCAUCCUCCACUGAACUACACCUCUAACAGCCACCAUAUUAUGGUGUCUUUACAGUAGCAGCCAUGAUUGUAGUCCACAUUAGAUUACUCUGGUGACCCACAACUGCAUUCACACAGACAUUUAGCAACCGGAGGCGCUCUCUAAAAGCCACAUGCACUCAACCUUGAAUCUGCAUGAUCUUUGCCUUUGCUACAAGUAUUGUAUCUUCUGCGCCAAAAGAAAUAGCUUCUUUGGAAACCAAGAGGUCAGCGGCAACAUACCAAACAUGACUGCAUAAAGAGAACCACAAGCUGAGAUCAAAGACAGGUUGGAUGUGAAAAAAACAAAAACGGAAAUACUUUUUCCAUCUAAACUGUAAGAGGUACAAUAUGAAUAUGAGCAAGGGAGGAACAAUCUAAAUAUAAAAGGCAAUGUUAAAGCUAAACUUUGUUAAUCUCACUGAAAAUGUCAGUGAAAAUUACUGUAAAAUAUACUUAGCUCGUUUUAUUCCCUUUUCUGUAUUUAGAAGGUGCUGAAAGUUAGUCAAUUUUAAGUGUUUUUUAUUAUUUUACAUAAAAAAAAGAGAGAUUCAUCAUUUAAAUUGCACUGUGCACAAUUUAAAAAACAAAAUACAGAAAAUGACUGAGUAUUGUGAUUAUGCCCCAAGAUUUUAUUUUAAACAACCUAAAAUUUAGACCAACAAUUAACUAAGACGAGUGUAGAACUCAAAAUAAAAUAGUGUCAGUUAAACCAAAAAUAAGCUUCUAUGAAAGUCUACUAAAGCUUAACAACACAAUAAACUAUUAAGGAGACAUCACAUCAAUGGCUGGAGGCUGAUGCCUUAAAGCAAACAUUUCUUUUCCUUUUUUUUUUUUUUUUUUUUUUAAGGUUUUCAUUGUUCGUCUGGGUCUGGAGAGCCCACAAGCCAUGCUGGUUUUUAUUCCUUAUGUCCAAUAAAACACUGAUUUGUAGCUUUUA